GCAGUUGGAGCCACCGGAAGUGAUUGAGCGUUGACAUCAUGGACGUGUAGCUGAGUUUUGAGUUAAUUUUGCUCAUAUCGGUGAUUAAAUCUGUUUCUAACAUCAUGAAGAUAAACGAGAACACUUUGCUGGAGGGACACAGAGUCGUGUUGGUUCCCUACAACGCGGAGCACGUGCCCAGGUAUCAUGAGUGGAUGAAGUCUCCUGAGCUGCAGCAGCUGACCGCCUCGGAGCCGCUGACUCUGGAGCAGGAGUACGACAUGCAGCAGAGCUGGAGAGAAGACGAUGACAAGUGCACGUUCAUCAUCUUGGACAAGCAGCGCUGGGCGGACAGCAGCUCACACGAGGAGCAGUGCAUGGUGGGAGAUGUCAACAUCUUCCUCACUGACCCCACAGACCCUUCUCUGGCGGAGCUGGAGAUCAUGAUUGCAGAGUCCAGUCACCGAGGCAAGGGCAUCGGGAAAGAGGUGACACGAAUGAUGAUGAGCUACGGAGUCACCAGACUUGGGAUCAAAAAGUUUGAAGUGAAAAUUGGGCUGGGGAAUGAAGUCAGCAUCGCCAUGUUCAAGAAACUCCACUUCCACGAGUUGUCGGUGUGUAAAGUUUUCAAAGAGAUGACCCUGGAGAUGACGGUGGACGAGUCGGUGCGGACGAAGCUGCUGCACGACACGUCCGACAUGAAGGAGCGAGACUACAGACAGACCUGCAGCAACAGACACGAGCUGCAGUCGCAAGUCUGAAAGAUCCCAGCUGCUUUAAACUCUUUGGACAUUUACACACAUCUGCAGAGGUGGGAAGUUACGGUCCUAAGUAUUUAAAUUUUGGGAUAGAAGUCAGCAUUUCCACUGCUACAUUUCAAAGGAAAUUUUUUGCACCUUUUUAAGUUAAUACAUGUAUUAAUACAGCUGGACACUGUAUACAUUUUGAUUUGUUGAUGUUGUGUACACAAGAAAUGCCCAGACGUGUAGUAGAAUAGAAGAAUUUCUGAGUUGUGAGCUUAAUUCACAAACUCAACCAGACUGUCCAAUUUACUUUCUACAUGAGAUCAAUUUCUCGUAUUUUAUAUCGUGUAACUCCAAAAUACAAAGUGUUCAGGAACCCUUAAAAGAAAAAGCCUUGUUGUCCUUAAUGGUAUCCCUUCACACAUUCACACAUUUUACUGCUAAUACUGUUAAUAUUUUAUGUUGAGUAAAAGAAU